AGACUGUAACAGUUGACACAACUUCAACUACCACUUUUUUUUUUCUCCUUAAAAUAACACUGCUAUAACUAUAACACAUCCAUAUAUAUAGUUUCAAUAACUAUACUUAUACCAUUCUAUAAUCCCCACCCCUUCACCUAGUAGGCCUAAAGUUGUUAUUUUUUAUGUUCUAUCACAACAACAAUGGCCGCCUGCUUGUCAAUUUGAAAUUCGACACGCUAUUUAGGCAUAAAUCCCUAAGCCAAUACUCAUUUGGCAGCUUGAUUAUGGUUAUAAUUAUUAAAAAUAACUUAUUUUCAAUGCACAGGUCACUUAUCACUAUCCUCUAUACUCUAUAUUUAGCGAAAAAGUUUUAGGUGCGAAUACUUCGCAUGACUUUUUAAAAAAGGUAACUUAAAGUUUAAGUACUUAACUAACUAAUAAUAUAGUCAUUUGACAUUUUCAUGAUCAUCAAUUUUGUUGAAUUAAUUUGGUCCUCUUCACCCACUGAACUUAACUCUUAAAUUAAUACUUAUUUAGCAGUAAGCUUCGGUAACUAAAGUAACUUGAAUGAAUUCAAAUCCAACUAAGCUAACUUAGUGAAUUAUAUCCAAACUAGUAAUAAACAAAACACAAUUACUAUACUGUACUAUUACCAAUACUAAAGUCGUAAUACUAUUAAAAUUAAUAGGCUACAAACUAUGGGCACUUCGGUGUAGCCGGGAAACACUAGAAAAUCGGGUAUGUUAAUUUCGUUGUCAAAAUGGCGACCUUCACUUUUUAAUUUACAGAGAGGGUAUCAUUGUUUUGCCUUUCAUUGUCGAUUUUUAGCAUAAUAAUAAAUUCUACAUCCACCAUUUAUUUCAAGCCCACAGCUUGGUUGUUCUUUUGAGAAUUAAUUUGAUUAUUUAUUUUGUGGUGAAGGUUUGAAAAGGGAAGUUGAUAAUAUGUAAACUUUACUAUCGAUAACUUUUUGAAAUAAAAAUAGGUCCAAUAAAAAAUAAGGGUUUCUUUAAUUAUAACAUCAUUUAUAACGUACCCAAAAUUUAUGAGUGUAGACUGUAGGUUGUGGUCAAAAACGAAAAUCAAAGAGGUCACUUUUUAGGCUAUUACUAUUGUAAUUUGUCAUCAUGGUGACUGUGCUUGUCUGCACAUUAUCUGUUAUCGAUAGCCGCCAAAGGUAGUUAAUAAUAAAUUAAAUUGGUUAUCCAGAAUAUAAAUAGGAAAUAUAACACAUAAUAAAUCAUUUUAAACAGUGCUUUUUAGUAAAAAAAAAUAGGUGCCGGUACUCAGUGAUGGAUUGCCUAGCUUUUAACUACCAGUUCGCACCUCGAUGCAAGCUAAAUCACAACUGCAAAGAUACUAAAUGUCUAAAACAAUUUUAUUUUAUAAUUAACCAACUUAAAUUGUUUUAUUAUUACUUUAUUGGUAUACCAUAUUAAUUAAUAAUAAUAAACGUUAAAAUACAAGAAAAGUAAUAAUUUUUUCCCCACAUUGAAAAAGGUGCCAGUACGCCGUACCGGUGCCAAUCGGCACAAAAAAGCACUGAUUUUAAAUAGGCUGUAGCACCACAGUCACAGAGAUGGAUUAUCAGCAAAUAUCAGUGGUUUUAAUUUUGGUGUUGGUUGCUAUGGACAUGAGAUUGAUAACCACCUGCCAUUUGUCUUUGACUUAGAUAAGUUUAGUAAAAGUAUUAAGGGCUGUUCGCAAAUUAUGUCACGCUCAGGUGGGGUGGUGGGGGGGGGGGCUGUCGAUAAUUUGUGAAAAAAGCAAAAUUUGUGACAUACCAAAUAUUUUAUUCUUGUCAAUCUAAAAUUUUCUGAUAUUGAAAAAUAUUUAUUCAAUUAAUUUUAAAAACAUUAAGUAAAGUCAAAAUUGCCUCAGGUAUAUUAAGUACCGUGAAACUCAGUCGUGCACACCUUCUGAGCUUAUCGAAAAAUGACACAAAAACUGUUGUAGCCAUUUUACAAUCGGCAUGGGAGGAAUUUGUUGUUUUACAUCACAGUUUUCUAAUAAUACUACAGCUUAAUCCAUUAUGAGAACAUGGGGUGGGGGGUGUUAAGAAUUUAUGACACUUUGCGACCGGGGGUGGGGGGGAGCUGAAAAGGUCAUUUUUUGCGUGACGUAAUUUGCGAACGACCCCUAAUAAUAGUAAUAAUACUAUUAUAAAUGAUUUGAGGAGUGAGAUAAAUAGCCUUUAUUACAACUAAUUUAUUUAUAUAUAAAUAUAAAUAUAUUAUAUUAUCUAUAUAUAUAUAUACAUUAUGAUAUUUAGUGUGUAUGCUCCAACUCUUCAUUCGACUCCAGGAGAGAAAGAUUUGUUCUAUGAGGCCCUGGACCAAGAAUUAUCAUGUGUUCCUAAAACCGAAGCAUUGUACAUUCUGGGAGACUUUAAUGCUAGGGUAGGAGCUGAUCAGGAAGUCAGGGUUAUCACUGAUUAGGAAGGAUUAAUGAUAACAGACAACGUCUGCUGGAGUUUUGCUGCUCCCAUGGUCUCUGUGUUACCAACACCUUCUUCAAAUGUUAACAAAUCCAAAAGGUGUCAUGGAUACACCCACGUUCCCGCCACUGGCACUGGCUAGACCUCGUCAUUACUAGGCGCGUGGAGCUAGCCAGUGUACUUCAUACCCGCAGCUACCUUAGUGCCAACUGUGACAUGGACCAUUCUCCCGUAGCAAGCAAGAUACGACUAAUGCCCAAAAAAUUAUAUAAUGCUAAAAGAAGUGUCGUCCACGAAUUAACAUCCACUGCUCAAACAACCCAGAGAAAACGCAGCAAUUCACAAAAGUGUUGGAUGAUACCCUUACUAAAGGAUCAUCCGAUGGUACCAUUGAGUCUUAAGUGGACUCUUUUACGAGAUGCUGUGUACGAUUCAACCAUGUCCGCCUACGGUAAAAUGGAGGAUAAAAAUAAUGACUGGUACAAGGUGCAUUGUAAUGUGAUGGAACCCGUAAACAAGAGGAAGAGAAUAGCCCUUCUUGCCUAUCGGGAUGCACCUUGUGCUAGUACACUACAGGCUCUCCGAACCACAAAAAAAAUAUCAUAGCAGACGGCCCGCCACUGUGCCAACACUUAUUGGCUAGACCUUUGCAACUCUAUAUAUAUAUAUAGAUAUCAUAUCAUAUAUAUAUAUAUAAAAGUGAAUUUUUGUGGCGGUGUGGAUUUUUACAUGGAUUGUUGGAUCUUGACCAAACUUGGCACAUAUAUCCAUCAUUAUCCAGAAGGAAUUCUUGAGGAGUUGUAAACUUUUAUAACAUUCCGUAUGGGGCCGGGGCUCUAAAAUGUCAUUUUUUCUUAUAUGAGCUAUAAAAUAAAAUGACCAACAAAUACUCCUACAUGAAUAGAUGGAUCUUGAUCAAACUUAAUACACGUACACUUGAUUAUCCAUAUUCAUAUACCAAAGGGUAAUAAAAUCUAAAUAUACAUUCUCUGGGGCCAGGGGGCCCAUUUUAUUAUUCCUUAUAUAUGCUAUAUAAAUAUUAACAGGCUUAGACAAUGUUAUAGGUUCUAUAUGAACUGAUGGAUAUAGUUGAGCUCUGUUGUUCACAUAUGCCUGGUACUGUAAUGGUUGGCUAUAUAAAGUUCCUGAUGGUUGUGGUUCUGUAUUGCUUCUCUUUCGAACAAACUUCUUUCGUACAAAUAUCUGGUAACCAUUUAAAAAUGCAUUGCCUUUAUUUUUUCCUGCAGCUUAACAAUGCGGGUACUCCAUGCAACUAAGAUACAUUCCACUCACAGUGUCCUUUUGCAGCAAGUACUUUCAAGCUACAAAUGUUCUUCUGUUAUAAAUUUGGUUUUAUUCACCAUUGUUAGAAAUUUCUGGAGUCAUUCAUUAUUUAAAAGUAUAAAUAAUUAUUCAGUUAAUGCAGAUAGAAAAAGUAAUUUACUGUUAACAAAGCCAAAUCAAUGCUGUAAAAAUUUGUCAAAAAAUGCUACUUGGCGCAGUUUCUCUAAACGAUCUGCAGUUCCCAAAGACACAAGUUCUGAUGAAAAAUCGACAAUCAAUGAUGUUAAAUUACAAGUGAAAGGAAGCAGUCAAUCAUAUAUAUUUGAUGAAACUGUUGCAGGUGAGUCCCUGAUCUCUUCUCUUUAUUUUUCAUUCAAAGAAAUUUUUAAGAUCAUCUUUGCCAGAGAAUUGGAGAGUGUUAUUUAUUAAUUAGAUCAGAUGUGUGAUCAUGUGUCAAACAUAGUUCUUUUAUUAACUGGGUAUUUUUCUUUGCAUAAUGACAUAAAUAAAUACAAUGAGGUGCAUUUCUGUUCAAAAAUUUAAAAAAUGAAAUAAAUCAUUUAAAUGUCAUUAAGCAAAUGAAAGACUUCAGAAUUGAUAAAAUAUGCAGCAAAUUUAAAUAAAGUUAAAAAAUGGAACAGCAAUUUAUUUUUAAAGCUAUUUAACUUACAAGUACCUUUUUUUUAAUCUCGAUUUAUUCUUGCAUUCUUACCAUUUGAUGUGACCCCUUUUGAUUUUGCUUUUCAAAAUCUCAUUAGCACUUUUUUGGUAUCAUAUCCAGCAAAGAAAUCCUUCGUAUGCAAGCAUUUAUAUGUUUCAUUUCUACAUGAAAUGAUUAUAACUUAUUUGUUUCUUUCUCUUCUUUUUUUCUAGAAAAAUUAGUGACAACGAUUUUGAAGCAUAGAUUGCAUAAACAUACUCCCAUACUAGAAAUUAAUCCUGGUAAAGCACUAAGUUUUGUUCUAUGAAAAUAAAAAUUGUUAAAGGAGAAGUAAAAAUAACUAACUGCUAGUAAAGUUACUUAAUUUAAUUCUGCUUAAUAAUUAUAAAAUGAUUUGUAUGCACAUUUACAUUUUUUUUUAUCUGAUCUAUUUAUGUUUUAGGCCCAGGUUUGGUUAGCAGGGAGUUUCUAAAGCAAGGUGUUUCAAAAGUCAUCUCUUUGGAAACAAAACUAUAUUUCUCAUCUCUUUUAAAAGUAGGUUUUUAAAAAUAUUUAUAUGUCAUAAAGAUUUGUGUUGCUUAAUUUUUUUAUUGGAUUUGGGAGCUAAAUCCUUCUGAAAGUUAUUACUUUAUUUCUAAUUAAGAAAGUACUUUUUAAUUCUUCUUAAAAAAUGUACCUGUAUUAUUCCAAAUUCUCUUCACAUUGUUUUCACAUUCUUUUAUCCAUAAUUAUAUAGAUUUUGACGUCAUUUAAUAAUUUUUUUACUGGGGGGAAAUUAUUUUGUUGCUUGUAUCUUUAGAUGAAUAGAUUAAACAUGGGUCUGCCAACUUUUUUUUAAAGGGUAAAAUAUCAGGCAGUCAAGUAUCUGCAGGUCAAGUGGCAAACUUUCUUAAUUGGGGAGAGGCACUGAAUUUUUUUCAUGAAUGUCCAUUUGAAGAGCAGAUGGGGUCAUUCCUCAAUGAAAAUGAGUCACGUGUUCUUUCCUGUCUAUAUAGCUGUUAAAAUAAAUGUUUAUUUUCUUCUCCUCACAAAAUUAUCAUAUUUAGUUCGGGGAAAAAAUUCAUAGGAGUAGGUAGUAAAAAUUAGCCAUUUUUAUGUGUGCAAUUACACAAAAAACAUGCUUAGAGGCCGAUUUGUGCUAAUAAGGAGCCAUACUUUUUGUAAUAUACUAAUCUAACCUCAAAUAGUGUCAUGAAAUAGUAUAUUAUAUAAUAGCAUAUUAUUGAUGCCUAUAAAAGGAAAAGAUGUUAGUGCUAGUAAUAUAUAUUUAUGCGGCAAAUGGGGAUGGGUAUUACAGCUUUGGGUGAAAGGAGGUAUUGGUGUAAAUUUUAAAAUUACAACACACCAAUUAUCUUGUCUUUACAGGCAGUAGAAACAGAAUUUGGAAGUGAACGAUUUUACAUGUUCAAUUGGGCAAUGCUGAACUUGUAUUUGAAGCUACACAUUGAGAGAAGUGUUAGCGUCAGUAAUUACAAUAAGAAGGAAGCCUUAGUGGCAGAACUUUUGCAGGCUUCAUCAACAGAGGAAGCAAGAGGUAAGAAUUAUACUUGUUGGUUGCCCAGUAUAUAACUCCACAAGCAGUUUUAAGAUUAUGAAAUAAUUUAUUUGACAUCUAAUUCUUACACUCUAUAAACACAAUAAAAUAUUUUUAAAAUCCUUCAUCACAUUGUUUCAAUCUUACACAGACCGCAUUUGAUAUUUAUUUGAAAAGGUACCCCCUAACAAAUUUUAAUCAUCUUUUAAAUAUUUUUUAUUUCUCUCAUACUUUUUAAGUGAUGCUUAAUGAAUAGGGAAAUAAUUUAAAUAAUUAUAUAGGGGUUCCUCUGUGAUGAGCUGAGUUUAAUAAAUAAGACCCAAAUAAUUUGUGUUAGUAAAACAACAACUAAAAUUAAAGUAUUACUUUAAUGUUUAUAUUUUCAAAAUGUCAGAUUGUGUCAGUGGCAUACAAUAUAUUUAUUAAUUUUUUAAAAAUCCAAUGGGUACUUUUAUGAUCUAGCUUUGGAAUCUAAGGAAAAUUGUAUUACUACUAGGGGUUGCAAUCCGGGAUCCCGAAAUUCGAAAAUACCGGAAUACCGGACCAUAAUUGAUGCUUGAAAAUACCAGGAUUGGAUUUAUGAAAACCGGGAUUUUCGAUAAUCCUGGUAUUUCAUUUUUAAUUUUUAAAAAAUCGUUUUUCUUAGUUUCCACGUCGUAGUUAAAGCAAGACAUAUCAAUAAUUUAUGAGAUGUGCAAAUCACAUGCAUUACGUGUCUCAAGUUCAAAGAGAAAGUACAGAGUUUGUAAGUAAAUGUUUUCUUAUUAUUGACAAAUAAAUGAUUGGUAUAGUCAAAUGAAGAUUGAAUUUUGACUUCCAUUAAGAGUUUGUAUGGAAAUAAUAACACAUUGCACUCAAAUGACGGGGUCAACUUUUAAUAACAAAAAUGUUUGAUUGCUUGAUUUCUUUCAAAUCCGUUAUUUGAUAAUCAAAUACCUUAAGUUUAAGACACAGAAAAAUUAUGUUACUUCUGUUUUGUGAUAAAAAUAUUAAUAAUUUAAAUUCACCUCAUAAUUGAUUUUCGAGCUAUUUUGUCUCAGGCUGAAUGUCCCAGUUUGUCUGAACCGUACCUAGCCAAACAUUAAAACAUUUUUUUUAAAGUUUUGCAUGUCAAACAAAUUCAAUUGAAUUAAUACUUUUUUGUUCAAUCAUUUAUUUUCCCUUCAGGUUGAUAGAAAGAAAUGGGGGACCCUGAAAAAAAUAAACCUAAAUUUGAUAAGCAUAUGAAACUAUCGGAAACAAAGUGACUACUUGGACGCAUUUAUGAGGCCAGAUUGUGACCAGAUGCGAAAACAUACCGUAAAUAUUUAAAAAGCUUGGUCAGACAGCGGAUUCCUCGUUGGAAAUAUCUACGAGCAAUGAAAUUAAACAUCUUGGAUCUGAGCAUGAUGAACUUGAAGACACACUGCCCCUUAAGAGACAAUUUGAAAUUGAAAUACAAAAGAAACUUCAGGCUCUGGAUAAUACUUCCAGAUCAACGGAUGAAGACAUUGAUACAUUGGUAAAAAUAGAAAUGGCUUUAUUUGAGAAUGGCGGUUCAAGAGGAAAAUAUAUAAAAAUUGCGUAUGACAGCCUAUUCUCUAUUCUCCGACCAGUGGGUGUUCUCUUAAUCGGGUUACUUUUGUAACCAUUUGCGGUCAAAGUCAAGUGACCAAACAUUAUAUGUCAUAUUUACGAUUUCAUUAUUUAAAUUUUACCAAAGAUUAAAGCAACACCAAUUAUUUUAACAUUUGAUUAAUGAAACUAUUUAAAUUAAAAAGUAAAAAAUAUUAUUUUGUACGUUUGAUUAAAGUCUGAAGUUAAAUAUUUGUGUUACUGUUAAAAGCUUAUUAAAAAUCAAAUUAUGAUAUUUUUCUGAAUGUUUUUAUUUCAUUGAUAAAACCAGGGCCAGCGCUAGGGGGACGGCAAAGUGGGCUGCGCGUUGCCGUAGUAUAUUUAUAAUAUACCUAAGCCUACUAAGAGUAGUCAAUCCAGUCAACACAAUGUUCAGAAUUAUUCGAUAGACAUAUGUCUACAACGUGUCUUAAUAUCCUAUCGGCGGAAUAUAUAACGUCAACUGCCCCGCAAAAUUCAAUUUGCCCAAGACCCGCACCCUCCUAGCGCCGGCUCUGAUAAAUCCUCACCUAUAAUCUUGACUAAAAAUUCUCUAAAUAUCGAAAAUAUUGAAAAUACCGGGAUUCCGGUAUUCGUCAACUGCAAUAUCGAAAAUACCGGUUUUGCGACCCCUAAUUACUACAUCAGCAUGAGUCUUGAAUUUAUAGUAAAAAGAACAUAGAUUAUGAAAUAAGUUCAUGUUUUAUUAAGUUAAAUGUUUCUAAUCAUGGUUCUGAUAUUGUAUAAUAAUCACAGCACACAUUUAUUUGUAUUCACAGAUGUGCCAUAUAGUUUAUUUAAUAUUGGAGGAAAAGAUGAAAACAAUAGUUUUAUUUUCUACAUUAUUCGCAAUUUGCCAAAUGAUGAUCCCAUCUUAUUGCAAGGGAGAGUAGAAUUCUUUUUCAUGGCUCAUCCAAAGUUAAGAAAGGUUUGUUUUUGUUGAAAGUUCAUAGGGAUCUUAAUGUGUUUUGUAUUUUCCUGUGUUAGCUUCAUUAAGAGUUUAAAACUGUUACACAUAAUUUAUUUUUAAAAAUUUAAAUCAUUCAAUUUGAACAUUUUGAUUGCCAUGGUCAAUGUGUGCAUCAAGAAAAUUUUAGUUCAUACUAAUUAAAUUUGUUAAUAUAUUCUUUAGGUAUUUUCUUUAAAAAAAAUUAUAUGCUGAACAUCUUUUUCAGAAAUUGUUUUCCUGAUUUCAUAAUGCAUAUUAAAGACACAAAUAAACUCAUGCACCAUUAUGGAGACAUUUAUAUUUAUAUUUAAACCUCCUUUAUUUAUCAUAUUUAAUAGACAAAAAAAAAACUAAUCAGAAUUGAAAUUUUAGAAAAUCACCAGCCUGAAAAGUAUGAUGGAUGGGAAAGAAACAAACCAAGCUGCUAAUGCCAAAGAGAGACCAGAACCUUUCCACUACAGUUACAUCCAUGCUUUUGUAUACCUACUUUACGAUAUUGAAUUUAUUGAAGAGGUAUGACUUUUAUUGCAUAAUUGUCAGUGCUGAUAGUCUAGAAUAAGAAUCUUAGGGCCUCAACUCCAGGGCCAACACUAUGACAUCAUAGUUCUUGAAAAUUUUUACCAUUGUGGGGGAAAAAAUAAAAAUGGAGAAAAAUGAGGUUUAAAAAAAAAACAAUUUUGAAAAUGGAACAAUCUAAAUAUUGAGAAUCUGAUUAAGUUACUAUUGGCUCUGAUGCCAGCCAUAAGUGUCCAACUCAGCAACUUAUGGCUGUUUUAUCAUUAAAUUUUUUGACAUGAUGAAAACAUUUUUUUUUUUUUUUAAAGGGUCAGUAUGGUGCAAUAAAAAAAAAAUUAUGAAAUGUUUUUUUACUUAUUAUCCUUUGCUUUGUUGAGAAAUAUCGAUUCAAUUAUAGGUUUUAUUCAUCUAGGGUUUGCUUGUAAAGUUUCUCAUCUUAAUUGUAUUUCUUUCUUAGUUCAUAACUGUGAUGUCUAAUUUUUAAUUUUGAAAACAACUUAACUUAUAAAAGCAGUUUUACCAAUACAAAUUUUUUUAAUGUUCAAGGACAUAAUUCCUGUCCCUAUUCUUAAAAAAUAGUUAUUGAGAUAUUUUAUUUUGUUACAUUUUAAAAAAAACAAAUAUUAAGACAAUAAAUCAGUGAUAAAUUUUAGAAUUAUACAAAAAAAUGCUAUUUUCGUAUUAAAGCUGAAUGAAUGUGCUCUUUUCAGUUUGAUUCCAACAGUUUUGUUCCUUCAUUUAGCGCCUUAAAAAGCAUUCAGGUAUUUUUUAUGGGUGUUUUAUCAUGACAUUUUUUGACAUUUACAUCUGCUUAAACCCUAUUGUGAUGUUUGAAAAUACUAUGUGGCAGCACCCAUGGGCUAUAAACCAAGUAACAUGACAUUUAUGGCGGAGUCUUUCCUAUUUAAUAAGUUAACAGAUUAAAGUAUAUGUUACCAAUUCAUGGCAUGUUCAUAGUUAUUAAUGUUUGCCAUGUCUAUCUAGGGGUGUCUGUUGCUACAUUGGAAAUAAAAGGUUAACAAGAUUGGAUAGCAUGUAAAUUACUAUCAGAAUAUUUUAAUAACAAUUCUAGAAGUGCAAAUAAAUCAGUUUAGAAUUUUAUAUUACUAUUAUUUUUAAUAAUACACUUCAUGCUACAGAUUUCACAACGUAAGGAAAUAAUAAUGUGUUAACAAAUUUAUAACAAUUCUUCUCCUAAGGAUAAAAACCUGGAUACCACAAAACGGGUUCUAACUAAAAUGCAGCUUAAGAAAAAUAUCAAUGAUAUUUUGCCCAUAGAACACCAUGUUCCAUUUCUCAGCUUUCUUCGACAACUUUACAAAAAGAAGCUUUCCCGCACAAUACCGACAAUGGAGUAAGUGCUUCACUUUAAACUUUAUGCCUGUGGAUGGUGUGGAACUUUGAAAACAAAUGUAUACAUUAAUAUCUUUACCUAUCCAAGUGGAAACUUCAAGUUGGGAAACUUGAAAUGCUUUUCCUCUUAUUAUCUUAAUCGUUUUUUAAAAGCUAUUAUCAGAUAUUUAUCAGCAUUUAACUUAAACAUCUUUAGACGUGCAGCAAGUGUAAAAGUUAUAAUCUCAGAUUUUAACCCCAUAGACUUCCCUUUUUUUUUUACAGAAUGUUGUUACCUGGAUGUGGACUGCGAAUGUUAAGUCUCGGCUACACCAUGAUGGAUUUCAUUAUCACCACUAGACCUGAACAUUUUCUCAACUUAUAUAAGGUAUUAAUUAUAUUUUAAAAAAUAUUUCCUUUACACUAAUUUUUUUAAAACAUUUCAUUUUCAUUUGCCAGAUACAGCUUAGUGGGAAUAAGUUGUUAAAAAUAAUUAAAUUUUUCUUUAUUUGACAUCAAUGCAAAUAUAUUGUUAAAAGGUAUUUAAAAAAUAAAAUUUUUGUAUUAAUCCAAUUUAACAGGAAAUAAAAUGGUUCUUCAGAAUGACAAUUUAACAUCUUUAAAAGUUAAUCUUUGAAUUAUUAAAUUUCAAAAUAAAAAAUAAUCUUCACUAUCAGAAUUUGCCAAAAUUUAGUUUAUUCUGUUUCUCCAGCUUUUGAUAGAUUGGCCAGAGUAUAAAAUAUCUCCUCUGAGAAGUCACAUCCUAUUGAAGACCACUGGUGGGCCGGAACAUGGAGAGUUGGAAGAAGAGAAUGAUCACAAUGACACUAGAUAACAGCAGCUUUACUUAAAUAUUUAUUGAUUAUGGUGCUAUAGAUGAGGUCUUCUGCCUAAGUAAAAUUCCAAAAAUUUGAAAAAUGCAAAAUGAAAUUCAAGACAGAUGCUUUGUAAAAACAGAUGCAAAUAAAACUUCAAACAUCUCAAGAAACCUGAAUUGUAAUGAUAGAGUAUUAUAAAUACUCUGUUACGAGACAGUACUGUAAAUUGUUUUCAAAUUGGCUUCCUAUUCCUAGUUCCAUUAUUAAAAAAUGUGAUCUCAAAAAAAGGGUUUAAAUAAAAUACCAAUACAGUUUAGUUCUUUUUUCUGGCUAGAUAUUCACAGUAUUCAUUCAUUGUGAGUAUAUUUUAAAAUAAAAGUAAAACUGAAUGUGAAAAUGUAUGUGUUUAUGUAAUCUUAUUUUUUCACCACUGAUGGGGACUGUCUGAAGUUGUUUUUUUUCCCAACAUGUUAUAAAUGUAUGCAUGCUGCUUAUCUCCCCUGGACCAUUUACCCACUUAAUGGGUAUGAAUAAUGUAUUGAAAUUAAAAACUUGAAGCUUUAGUUUUGAACCUUAACUUAAAGAAACAAAAGCUCAUUUUAUGUUCAGAAACAUAUACUUCAAGAAUUCUAAUUAUUGAUAAAGAUGGUAACUAUUUUCUAAAAGUUUAAGUUGUUAUGUUUUGACAUCUGGACCAUUUAAACAUGGUUUAAAGCAGUGUUUCCCAACCUUUUUUGUGUCAUGCCCCACCUAAGCCCUUAUAAAAUUCCCCCCCCCCCCUUUUCCCGUAUCAUUUACAUAAUUUUAGAUAUUCAAAAAAAAUAGGGUUGUUUACUGAAGAAACUUAAAUGAUAGGUUUUAGGAAGAAAUCACUAGGAAAUUGGUAAGGAAACUUAGUAAGUAAAUUUUUAAUGCAUGCCUAUUUUAAAUUGAGACUUUAACGAUUCUCCUUUUAGAGCACAAGUUAAAUCAUAGUAGACCAUUGGUUUUCAAAUUCUGUACAGCUCAUUUUUGACUUGCCCUUCUAAACACUCAAAUUGCCCCCCUGUGGGUUAGGGUUAGGCCCCACGUAGGGAAACACUGAUUUAGAGUUAAAGGCUUUUUAAAAUUUGUCAACAUUCUAGCCCACCUUGUUAAUGAUUGAAGUUUAGACCUUUUUUUUUUUCCCAACUCACUCUUAUAGGGAGGCGCAGAACUAACUACAUCAAAAUAUUUGGGUUAGAAUUUUACAGUUGAAAUUGUAUUUUACCCUUCUCCAUUACAGGUGUCUUGAAGUACUGUCUUGAGACAUUCAGUUUUGCUUCUUAUUUCAGUUACUUUACUUCUUGCUUCCUUUGAACAAACAUUGUUUUGGCCCUUACUUUGAUUAUUUCAUUUGCCUGUCUCUGGUUUCACACCUCUCCCCUAACCACACACACACCACUCAGGUGGAGCUUUGAGCCUGCUACCAUCACCACCUCACACACACACAAGAAGAAGUUAUGGCUCCACUGUUGUUAUGCAUAUUUUGUUACAGAUUUUAUUUAUCGGUUUAUGUUGAGUUGACCUGCAGUGAGGCUGUGCAAGGUUGUGCUCAGAGAUUAUGUUCAAUACUUGUAGACUUGUAUGAUCAGCUGUAAGUCAAAAAAUAACUCUAAAUAAAUGGAUUGAAUAAUU